UAUUGUCCCCCAAUCAUCCCCGCAAGCGGCCAUGCGACAGCAGCGCGAGGGGAAGAGGGUCGCCGGGACGACGGCGCGACGAAUCCGUGAGGUGAGGAUGGCUUCAGAUCCAUGGCGCUACGCGCUUCCACGAUCCCUCAUCUUCCGACGCGCGCGAUUUCUGGAGGGACUCCUCCUCAGUCGAUUUGUCCUUACAAUUGUGUUAUCACGCUGGCCCCGGUGGGGAUCAGGGAUGCCCCGACCUUGAGGUGCGAAUUAUUGCCUUACUGGGGUCGUAAAGGUCACCACCAACCACGAACCCUCCUUUUCGCUCAAUUAAUUGACUUAGUUUUACAAAAUGUGGCAUUUAAAAAUUUUGGUUCAAUUUAUUGAGCUACAAUAGUGCUACUUUCCCUUAGGAUUUCCCUCCUCAAUAACUCCUGUUCCCCUAUAAUAAUAAUACACAUGGCGAAUGGGUGUAUCCAAACAAGUUUAGGGGCACAAGUUUACACCCCUACUCCGAUCUGAGCUGGGAAAUGCUUUAUGCCCUGUUUGGAUACAAACUCCUAAAAUUUAGUAGUGUACUAAAGUUUAAGGACCCUCAAAUUACUAGUCCUAAAGUUUAGUACAGGGCUGUUUGGAUGGACUAGUAACCUUUAGGACUUUAGAGGGAAAAUGUCAUUUUUACUCCUCAAUUACUCCUCUAAACUACUUUGCACUGUUCACGUCAUUAAUGCAUGCGAGGGCAAUAGGGGUAAAGGGGGACUUGGGGACCACUUUUAGGAGAAAUAGGAUCCAUUAGGACCCCUUGACCCUCCUAAUGAAAAUGGCCCUCCUAAAGUUUAGGAGUGCACUUUUAGGAUCCAUGUUUGGAUGCGCAAGUACUAAAAGUGUUCUAAAAGUGAACUCCUAAUCUUUAGGAGGGUGUAUCAAACAAGGCCUUAAUCCUAUGUCCUAAUAAACAUAUACUUGGCCCCCGCAUCGCUCGCUGGGCGACUCGGGCGGCCGUCGCGCCUCCCCACCGCCAGGCCCGCCUCGCCAGUUUCCUGCCUCCACCGCCCGCUGGAGCCACAAGCCGGAAGCCCGCUCAAGGAGAGCGGCGGCGGAGCUAGCUCGGUCUCCUCUCCACCUCUCUCUCCCUACCCUAGAUCUGCCCGCCAUCGUCCCGUUGUCGCUAUCCCCACCAGGGCGCCUGCCUCCCCGGUCGCCUGGCCGUGCGGGCCUUCCCGGUGUGACGGCGCGAGGAGGGUGUGGGUGGGGGCCAUCCGCCGUCUGCUAUGCGCGGUGGCCCGCGCUGCUCCUCCCCACCUGGCUCCGGAGCCCGAAUUUACCCCGUGCAAAGGCGAGAGGACAACAUGUCGCCGUCCUUGGCGACUCGAGGGGCUCCAACACAAGCCCGCCGCCUCUGCCCCAACCGCCAUGGGGCUUGGCUCCUCCUCCUCCUACUCGCAGGCGAUGCAAGAUACGGCCUUCCUUGGUCCGAAUCCGUGUGGGAGGCCCGUCGCGCCGCCCCGUGGGGGUCCAUCUGUCAGGGAGCCCGCCGCGGCUCCGGGCAGCCUGAUCCGCACCGCCGCGGGUGGCUGCUCGCUGCCGCUCCCGCGGGGGACCGCACGUCGUGGGCCUGGCGGGUGCCGCCAGGGCCUUGCCCAUGACACCGGGCGGCCACCGCUGCCGGGUCCGGUGCCGCCGAGUUCAUCCCCGGGGCAACGUGGGGGCUCCCUCGCGCCGCCACAGCAAGUCGCCGCCGCUCCCUCCUCUUCGUUGUCGCUUGUAGGAGGGCGACUGCGGGGACUUCCAACUGGGUCGGCGCGGGCCCCUCCUCCCUUCACCCUACCUCACCCCGGUCGUGUUCCGGUCGCUCUUCAAGGAUGGCCAUGGGACCCGCUUGCCGCUACUGCCUCCCGACCUGCCGUCGUGGGUCGCUCGCUCUUGUGUUGCUCGCUCUUCUAUCAAUGGUUGUCACUCGUGGGGUCAUGCCUCCUCUAGCCGUCUUCUUCGCUGGCAGGGACGGGAGGAUAUGUCUUCGUCUUCCCCAUGGUGCUUCGGGUUGCCACCUCGUCGUCGAGUGUUGCUAGGAAAAGGGAGGGCUUCAGCGUGGGCUCCUCUGGCGGGCCCGCCGGCUUCCCCUUUGGCCGUCUGGUUGCUUCAUGGUCGUUUUUUCGAUCGUCGUGAUGGCGGCCCCUUUCUACUGUGCCCGCGAAUGUUCCUCAUCGUCAUCGCCAUGGAUUACUCGCUGCCAUCCCAUCGCUUUGGCUAUCAUCCAAGCCUCGGCGGUCUGCUGUGCGGAGUUGGUUUUGGGGGCCUUUGGCGAAAGUCUAUCCGUGCAUUUGCCGGGACCGACGACGAUUGCGUCCUUGGACGUAGCUCACCUCGCUGGAGGUGUUGUUGCGGUCACCAAAGCUAGCAGUUUUUACCAGGUGAAGACUUGGUCUGCUCCCCCGGAGACAGAUGGACGAUGAUGGCGUUGGCGUCGUUUCCUCCCUGGAGGCAUCGUCUUGCAGGACCUCCUCACUCUACCUCUGCUGGCUUCUGGUUGUUAGACAGUCGGUGACAUGCAAGUGUUCAUGGCGUCUUUCUCCCCUGCAGGCUACAGUCAUCUUAGGUCGUGUUUUGUGUGGUGGUGGUGAGGUGGUUUUCUUUUUAGUUGUCGUGUUUGUGUUGUUUGUCGUCGGUCGUGGCUCUUAUAACUCUGCACUUUGAGGUUUCUUUGAAACUGCAUCGUUGUAAUUCUCCUCUUCUUAAUGAAAAACGUCCCAUGCACGUCUUAAAAUAAAUCUGAGCUGGGAUUGGGAUGGUUUGGAAUCUUCAGCAUGACUCCUUACCACCCAAGGCACACGGCACACCACACCCUUGCCACAGGAGCUACGGCUCGUAGUUGAGUCCUUGUGGUGUAUUUGUUGUACCAUCGACAUUAAAAAGGGAAAGAUAUGGUUGACUUGCGGUCAAGGCACACCAAGUAGGACUUGGUCAGUGUUCAAGUGCCGUGAACCAACUGAUCAAGUCAAUAUAUAUGGAGGCGUGGGGCUGGUGCUGUGUAUACAUAUGGUUGAUGAGUCUCUGUGCACCGUGCGUGAUGGCUGAGUGAGAAACAAUGACGAGACCAGAAGCCGCGGCCGGCGGAGAAAUUUCCAUCCCAAUAUGCCCGGGGCAGAGGAGGGCGAGGGCAGCUGCUAAGCGGGAGACAAGGCUCAACUGGUUCGUGUGCUUCGUUGCCUUUGGAGAGUGGGCAGGAAACGCCUUUGGCACGCUAGCCUUCCUGUGGGCGACCGUCGUCCUGCUUGGCGGGUUCUGCACAGCACUCAACGCCGAGGAUUUCUGGUUUGCCACGGUCAUGAUCUUCAUAGAAGCCUUCAGAAUGUUCAGCAGCAACUACAAAUUGGACCAUCAAUCGUUAUUUGGGACUACAAGGGCUGUCAAAUUUAAAUUUAUAAGAUCGAUUGGUCUAAUGUUCGUGCGGCCGCAGGAAUGGAAUGAAGUGGCGGCCAUUGUCGGUUUGUUCUGUAGCCUCAUUAUGCAGUUUCCGUUGGGGGGAUUUCCAACCUUGCUCCUAGGGGUGGCAAUAAUUUUUGCGAGCAAGAUGCAGUUUCCAGGUGCUCUUCAACUAACGAGCCGCCUGCGACAGCACCAACGGUUGCUCUUGUGGGCUCCCCUAGUUGCCCUCUUGCUCAUCACUGGCCUACAGAUACACACAUCAAUAGAACAUAUAUACAGAGACAGACAUGGCACACCCCACAGAGCAAUGAGAGUUUAUACAACAACGUGGCCACUUGAUAGGAGGGACAUGCUGGUGGAUCUGCUACUUUGGUGUCUUUUCCAGUUAGUACUGGUUCUUGCAGUGCUGCUGCUCAACCUGAGGCCCCAAAAAAUUGCCAACCUGACAGGUAGCCCGUGUGGCCGCAAGCUACUGUCUUCGGCCAAACUGAUUUUAGCCCUUUGUUUGGGCGGUGAUAUGCUGUUUUUGCAUAGUCCUCUUCAAGGCUUGGGCAUAUCGUUGAUUAUACUGGUACUAUCACUUGGCAGCCUACAGACUCCAGUGGACAGUACCCUCUUUGGUCGCUGGGCUAACAUCUUCCUGUAUAUAUGCUUCCUUGGGGAACUGGAAUCGACUUCAAGUCCAUGCAUGAUGGUUGUGAUAAUAAUGUUAACAGUAAUACUGGUCGGCAACUUGCAGAUCCCGGCAGCUGUUGCACGAAUUGUGCUCUCCUCCUUGCGCUUGUCCGAUCUAGUAGCUCUCAACGUAUACCCACAAGGGAAGGACAGUAACCGGAACCUGGUGCCAUCUAUCAUGGUAUUCUACGUGCUGGCACUGUGCCAAGGGACACUCGACCUGAUGGCAUGCAUAGUCGAGCUCUUCGCCUUCUUCCCUCGCAGAUCGCUCGUCCGUCACUCAAGGUUCAGAGGUCAGUGGGGAGCAAGGGCUGUCGACGUGUACUACCAGCGUGCCUACGUCACAUGCAUGGAAGCCGGCGUGCUCGCUGCAGGGAGAACGAUGAGUCUAGCGAACUUCUCCAUCGAGUCCCUGAGCUCUACCUCACGUGAAAUGCAGCUAGCAGGGGUUUCUGUCCUUGACGCCCUCCUGCAGCAGAGGAACUUCAGUGAAGAGCUCCUCCUGAGAAUCUCCUGCUCCAGCAACGUGGUGCGCACCUUGGUCGGUAUGCUCGGCUGGACAGCUCAACAAGACAGAGAUAUCAGGCUGUUCGCUGCCAGGGUCAUUGCCGAGCUCGCGGGCAGCCUCAGACUUGCUUCAGUUCCCAGCAUGCUGAAGCUUGUGUCAUCAUUAUUAUUUGAUGCCGAGAAUCAACCAGCUUGGCAUCACCAUCAGCAAGAUUUCUUGUCCCAUGCCAUCAGCUUCAGCAUCAACGGGGAGAAUGUUGCGGAUAAUCAAUCGCCGGGGCAACAAUCUUCGUCACAACCAGUUCAUGGUAAUGGAGGAAACUUAGAUAACCAAACAACGCAAGGAGAAGGUGAUAAUGGAGGGUGCUCCUUGUUAUGCCAGUGUUGGCAGCGGAUGAAAGAGAAGCACUGGUCCAUUCCAAAGGAGCCACCCUUGACACAUCAGGACUCCUUCCCUGUUCUGGGCAUGUUAAUCUUAGAGAGGCUUGCCUAUGAUAUUGACAACUGCACAGAAAUUAGUAGAGCCACGGACCUCAUCUUUAAGAUCACAGGAUUCAUAAGCUACACUUCCGACACAGUAGGGGAUGAUGACGUGCAGCAGAAAGCAGUGAUCUGUUCAUCACUGAAUCUGAUAAGGAGGCUUUCAAUCACGGAGGGGAAAAUAGGCACUAUGCUCCGGCAAGAGCUGUGGGAGAGCCCCUUCUUGCUGGGCAACCUCGCCGGUAUCUUGGAGGACAGCCGAAGCGAUCCUCAGAUAUGGAAGCCGGCGGUAGAUAUCAUAGCCAUGUUUGCCUUGGAUGAGGAGGCAAGGCAGGAGAUCGGCCACACCAAGGUGAUCAUUAGCAAGUUGGUGCAUUUGUUUCUUGGGCGAGAUGGAACAACCAAUGUGUACUAUGGUCAGCAGCUGCGGACAGCGUCAGGAGAAGCAUUGGCAAACCUUGCAAUGGGGAGCACUGCAAACUGCUCGGCGAUCUUGGAGGAGCCAGGAUAUGAACUUGUCAAGGAUAUAAAGAACAUGAUUUCUGAUGAUGAGUACCGAUGUGUUGCGACAAGUGUAUUGCAGAAUCUUUGUGCGCUCUCCAGAGAUGAGCUGCGCUGUCCAGGUGCAAGGGACCACUUGUCUUCUGCCUUGACAGUGGUGAUGGAGAAAAUAAUGACCGCAGAAGGCAAAGAACUGGAGAGUCUGAUCAGCCUCGCUUCGCAAAUUGGUGACGUCAUCCCAGAAUGCUUUGCUCACGAGCUGGAGUCAAAUACCAAUGGAACAGGACUUGUUCAAAAGCUGGUGUAUACGCUCAACUCCAACAAGAAGCCCUGUCCAAAGUAUCCAAGGAUGAGAAGGGCCAUAAUCCAGAUCACGAUAUCCUUUGUAGAAUGGUGUCCUCGAUACGCUACUAUCUUCGCUGUGGAAGGGAUGGCUGAAGCACUGUCCAAGGUAGAUAGGACCCCAUCAAAAGUAGAAAAGUACAGGGCCUUCUUGGGCAACACAGGAGUGGUUUUGGAGAGUGGCUUACCUCUGACUAUCCUAGUAGCUAAGGCAAAAGGGCUAAUUGAUUCUGCAACUGCAACUCCAACUCCAAGUGCUCAACAAGGCGACCAUGUAUGAUAAAACAUUAUUGAUGGUUCUUGAUUCAACUAAGCACGUAGCAAAUUUCUAUUAUGUGAAGCACGGAGAGAUUGUGACUAGAAUUUACUGUUGGAUCCUGAUAUAAGCUGAGUAAUGAAGCUCCUUGAUUAAAAAAGUAAUGUGGAAUAACUGAUGCUCUGACACUGCAUGUACGUAGUAGAAUGAAGACUUGGACUGAAGCUAUGCCAUGGUAAAAUCAGGAUUCAUUGUUAUGAGA